CAGACACUGUUACUAAGAAACAGCACGAAGAACGAUUCUGGAGCGCCAUAAAAGAGAAGAGGCGACCAAGCGCGGAAUGAAUUCGUCGAGAUUGGCGGCAAUGGCGUCGAAGGAGAGGGAUCUGGAGCGACUGAUACCCAUUCAACCCAACAAACAGGUUCAGGAGAGCAUCACCAAUGGUGGCUCCAAUUCCUCUGCCUCCGUCGUCUCCCCCGCAGUCAUCUCCCAUAGCUCCGGAAAAGAGGCUAUUUCAAAGCUAAUCCGGAGCUGGGCGUGGAAGAAGUUCAUCACAGGAAGUGUAAUUUUGCUUCCGAUAGCCAUCACAUUCUGUGUCACAUGGUGGUUCAUCCGAUUCGUCGAUAGUUUCUUCUCCCCCAUCUAUGCUCUGCUCGGAAUCAAUGUAUUUGGGCUUGGAUUUGUGACCUCCCUCACAUUCAUAUUCCUAGUCGGCGUGUUCAUGUCCUCCUGGUUGGGAGCUUCUGUUCUCAGCUUGGGAGAGUGGUUCAUCAACAAAAUGCCAUUCGUCAGCUACAUCUACUCUGCUUCUAAGCAAAUCAGCGCAGCUAUCUCGCCAGAUCAUAAUUCGCAUGCCUUCAAGGAGGUCGCCAUCAUAAGGCAUCCACGCAACGGGGAAUACGCGUUUGGGUUCAUUACCUCAACGGUGCUUCUGCGCGGGAACCUGGCUACAGAGGAGCUCUGCUGCGUUUAUGUUCCGACCAACCAUCUCUACCUUGGGGACAUAUAUCUCGUCAGCUCGAAAGAUGUGAUGAGGCCUAAUCUGUCGGUUCGGGAAGGAAUCGAAAUCGUGAUUUCGGGAGGGAUGUCGAUACCGCAAAUACUGACCACAUUGGAAGAAGCGCAGGCGAUGGAUGCCGCUGGGCUUGGGAAGUAUGGAGUGCCGCCUGUGUAAGCUUUGCACACUUGCAGAGGCGGAGGCGAAACAGGGAUAUGCUGCUGCCAGCAUCUUUCUCACUUGAGAAAGAAACUGCCAAAGCUCCGCAAGGUAGAAGAUGGUUACCAGUCCAUGAUUGUCAGUGACUGAGGUACGAGACUCCUUGCGUAACGCAGGGAAUGAAGUGUGUAUUGUGUUGGCGGGGAAAGAAACGGUUGGAUGGAUUGAAGAACACUCUCAACUAUCUGAGAGAGAGAGAGAAAGAGUGGGUGAAAAAGUGGCACAUAAGAAGCAAAUGAACAUUGCUGAGAUGU